GUUUUGGGGGAGGAAGUGAAAGGGGAAGACAGAAGCUGGGGGUAGUAGGUAGUUAGCUGGCAGACAGGGAGGCAGGCAAGGAAGCCUUCAAGCAAAGUGCCAAAUUUACGCAGCAGUUGUCGAUAAGUUACCUCGUCAAUUAACGACACGAUUUUUGUUGGUUUCCCACAAAGGGUAGCACUUUUUUCUAAGAAUUUGAAACGAGGCAUUGCCAAAUUAACGCUAGCUACCGAGUUUAGCUCCAGCGAGCUAGCCAGCUAACGUAACGCCUAGUUAGCCGUUGACGCUGUCUGUCCUGAACAAUAACAGCAAGUUAGGCGCAGCCGGCUCCGACACGGUCCACAAGUCAACUCUCCGACGUGCUACAACUGUGGAAAAAUGACAUCCAGGAAGAAAGUGCUCUUGAAAGUCAUCAUCCUGGGAGAUUCUGGUGUUGGAAAGACCUCCCUAAUGAACCAGUAUGUAAACAAGAAGUUUAGUAACCAGUACAAAGCUACAAUAGGAGCAGACUUUCUGACCAAGGAGGUGAUGGUGGACGACCGGCUUGUUACAAUGCAGAUCUGGGACACAGCCGGCCAGGAAAGGUUCCAGUCUUUGGGUGUUGCGUUCUACCGUGGAGCAGACUGCUGUGUGCUGGUGUUUGAUGUGACUGCACCCAACACCUUCAAGACACUCGACAGCUGGAGGGACGAGUUUCUGAUUCAGGCCAGCCCUCGAGAUCCUGAGAACUUCCCCUUUGUGGUGCUAGGCAACAAGAUUGACUUGGAGAACAGACAGGUGACCACCAAAAGGGCUCAGGCUUGGUGUCAGAGUAAGAACAACAUCCCCUACUUGAGACCAGCGCCAAAGAAGCCAUAAAUGUAGAACAGGCAUUCCAGACAAUUGCACGAAACGCCCCUCAAACAGGUGAGUGCUUUAAAAUGACAA